CAGCAUGUAGCCUGAGUCAAAAAACAUUCACUGACUAAUAAUCAGUGGCCAAUCCAAACACAAGGAAGAAGUGCCCAACACAACUCAAUGUAGAAGGUAUUGCCUUAGAGGAAUGUGGUAAUAACAAUAGACAUAUAAUCAGGUUUGCUACACAUGUAUGGACACCCCAGAGGGUACUUUGUGUUUUAAGAGAAGCUGUCCAAGUACAGGAUCAAAACCACCGAGGAGAAGCACGACUUUGGUAAAUACUUUGGAAAACAAGGCUGAGCAGUAACAUGAUGACUCUUACAAGCUUCUCUCUUCUGCUUCUGGCCAGUGCAAUCUUUUCUCAGGACAUAUCAUAUGCUGAUUUUCUCCAGCAAGUUCAGGCAUGUCCAAAGGAAUGUAAAUGCCCACCUAGCUUUCCGAACGCUGUGUACUGCGACAGCAAGGGGCUAAAAGAAAUCCCCCAAAUCCCUCCGCACACCUGGUAUCUGUACCUCCAGAACAACUUGAUUGACACUGUCCCUGAAACGUCUUUGAAGAAUGCUACACAGCUGAAGUGGAUCAAUCUGAACAGAAACAAGAUAACCAACAAAGGAAUUGACAAGAAUGUGUUUAACAAAAUGAAGAAUCUGCUUUAUCUGUAUAUGGAAGACAAUGAGUUAGAUGACAUUCCAGCGCCCUUGCCUAACAGCCUUGAACAACUACGUUUAUCAAGGAACAAGAUCUCAAAAAUACCUGCAGGGGUCUUUAAUGGUAUGGUUAACCUCAUCAUGCUUGACCUCCAAAACAACAAAAUUGAGGAUGGAGCCAUCCCAGAAAACACCUUCAAGGAGCUGAAAAACCUUGUCCAGAUCAACCUGGCUAAAAAUAGUCUCAAGAAGAUGCCUUCUGGCCUGCCUGCCACCACCAUGCAGUUAUUUCUGGACAACAACUCCAUUGAGAAAAUUCCUGACAACUACUUCAGCAAAACUCCACAAGUUUCCUUCCUGAGGCUCAACUACAACAAACUGGUGGAUGGAGGUCUACCAAAGAACAUCUUUAAUGUCUCCACCAUGCUAGACCUGCAGUUGUCUCACAACCAGCUCACCAAGGUGCCCCUCACACAUCCAAGCCUUCAGCAUCUCCACCUCAACCACAACAAGAUCAAAAGUGUUAAUGGAACCAUGAUCUGCCCUGUGCCCAUUGGCACUAUCGAUGACUACUUCCAUGAAAAAACACCUAAUCUCCGCUACCUCCGCCUCGAUGGAAAUGAAAUAAGACCCCCGAUUCCCUUGGACCUGAUGAUGUGCUUCAGACAUCUACAGGCUGUGGUUAUCUAAGCCACAGCUAAACCCCCAAACAAAUGAUGUUCUUUCAGGGUUUAAGAGAGGAUCCGCAAGACUUUGCAAUCUAUUUGGACCCAGUGUGACUGUACAAAUACUGAACUAGCAGAACCAAGUGUUCCAAUGUUUACCAGGAAUUAUGUUUUAAAAGCAAGAGUAUAUGCUAUUAUAGCACAGGUUAUUUAAGAAAGUAAAGCUUACUUACCACCUGCCUUCUAGGGAAUGUGCACCCAUUGUGACUACAAAGAUAUACCCAAGGGCUCUCUGUGGAAAUUCUAUUUAUAACUGUUUAUAUUGGAUUGCUUUACUCUUUUGACAAAUCAGCAUUACCCAAUCAAUAGAUUUUUGAGGUUGAUAGAUCAAAAAUAAAUAAAUAUGUUUUUAAGCUGUAAAACAUGUUUUAUCUAAAAAUAGGAUGAUAUUGAAUUAGUGUAUUAUGCAUGUUUUUUAACAUUUAAAAUAUG